CUUGAUGGUUACAGUGAAACGUCAUUCAUGGAAUAAUUGCUAUUGCUCAUUAUGUAGGAAGAAUUUAUAUGGGUUGAUAUGUGAAGGUUUGGAGUUCAUUGAACAAGCACAGCAUAUGUUUCGUCAACAAGAAGAUAUGAAAGGGCACUCUCUACCAGGAAAUAUCUAUCCAUGUGAACCAUUUACUUCGUUGAAUUCUUCUGGAAACAUUUAUGCUUCUCACAAGAACAUCAAUUCAUUGCAUGAUCUCAUAAACAAAGAGCUGCGUAAGUCUGAGCCUUCAACUAGUUAUACUUCUUCCAACCAUUACUCUCUGGGAUCACACAAUGGGAUCAUUGAUCCUUAUCUGUCAGCAAUUCCAGUAAUCACCAGUCCACAAUGUGCAUCCACUGUUGUUAGCAACCCAUUUUUCAGAAUAAAUUCUAGAACUAGUAUGUCGUCUUUUCCUGUCACAAGCCAGUCUGUAACAGCUAGUUAUGGUUCUAGCAAUCAGUUCACUGCCAACUUAAAUGCAAACAAUUUGGCUAAUGAACUAGCCACCUCAGCAGAACAAAGAAUGUUGCCUGGAUUGACAGCAAACUUACAUUAUUCUAGCUCUCAUAUGAACUCAUUUCAAUAUCAUUCUGGACACUCAAUUUCAUUAUCUUCACCUGCUAAAUCCUCGUCCAAAUCAUCCUCUAUUGCCUCAGAGCUACCUGAUAAUUUCCUCUCUUUACCCCAAGAUCCAGUGCCUGAACAAUCUGCAUCAUUCCAACUCAAAAACCACGAGACAAGAUCUCAGGUUGAUCCAUGUGAGCAUAACAUUCCAAGUGUUCAAAGUGAAGCUAUCAGCUGCAGUCCAUCAAUUGAUUUACCUAGCAAACCAGUUGAGAUUUCAUCUAUAACUGGUUGUGAUUGGAAACUGACCUAUUCAAAUGAACCGAGUCAGCUAUUUUUGGAUAACGACCUGUUUGAAGGAAUGGAAUUGGAUCUGAGCCCUCGAAUAGUAAGGCAAGAGUCUUGGGAUGACAUAAUAACACCUAUUGGCAGUAGCCGCUUCUCAAACUUGGGUACUAGUGUUUCAGACUGCAAAUCUGAAAUAGACAAAGAGUUGUUUUCUGGGUCAAGUUUUGAACAAUUAUUGGAAUCAGUUGUCAGAGAAAGUGCCAAUUCAUCGACUAGUAACAGUUUAAUCUCUCUUAAUAAUGUUGAUUGUACUCAAGGAAACACAAAGCCAUCCCCUUUAUGUGAAUUUAACUUCGACAAGAUUAUACAACAAUUUCACGUGAAGAAAUCUGCUACAUGCAUGAAAAGGUGGAUUAUAACACAUAAUUCAGUUAGACAUUGUUUUGACAGAGAUGUUAAAUAA